CUUCUAAAUCAUUCUCUCUUUUCAUCUCAAUCUUCUUCUUCUUCUACUCAAUUUAGUUCUGUUUUCACAAAAAAAGAAGAAAUUCGGUUUUCUCGAUGGAAUCUAAUCAUUUGUUCUGCUCAAUUUAGUUAAUGGGGGAAAUCAAAAAUAACUUCAGAGAUUAAUAAUCUAGGUUUUCAAUAUCGGAUUUGUGAUGGCGGCGGUGCUGUCAAAGGUGGUGGUGAGAGUGCGGGUGGUAAUAAUCGUGGUGGUGGUGCUAUCCGCGGAGGUGAUAAGUAGAUCUGACUGCAGAGACGAUGAGAUUUGGUUUUUGAAACGGAUUACGAAUCUGAUCGAAACGGUGGCGAUCAAGGGUUUUUGGUUUGAUGACUCGGUAAAGGGGUAACAGCAAUGCUUUAUAUUUUGAGGGGGGAAAUUGCAAUUUGGCAUUUGAAUGGUUCUCUGUUCAAAUAAAGCAUAUUUCUUCAGUACUUCCCUCUUUUUUCCACGUCAUACCUUUGAUAUGUCCAGUCAUUCAUCCAGUCACGCUGCAUCCCAGCCAUUACUCUGCUCGAGUAAUCACAAAUUCUUGCUGGAAACGUGAUUUUAAGAAGGAAUUUUACAAGAUUUCUGUUGUAAAGCGAGAAUUCGAGUUGCAGUUUCUCAAUAUUUCUACUGCAACUGUUGAUUCAGCUUCUGCUUCUGUCACUUUCACCGUUCCUCAAACUAGAAAUAUCAGAAAAUCGGCAAGGAUUGUGAUUCAAUAUGAAGUUACAUGAAAUAUGCGUAUUUUGCGAGUACAGAGGGGAGCCUGCCUGUUCACGUGACACACAUCAUCGUUUGUUUAGACUGGACAAUGUUGGUGCUACUUUUAGCUGUUAUAAUGCUCAGCCUUUUAAUCUACCGGUCGAUAAGGAGACCGAAAACCGAAUAACAGACGGCGUGCACAGAUUUGAAACUAUUGUUAGAUUCCAAGAUGAGACCUAUGGGUUAGCUGGAAUUAUUUUAUUACUCGAGUCUAUCUUGGAUGUAAAUACUGCUCACUACCAGAGUCUCGUCAUAACUGGACAGAAUCCUCCAACAGCAGUACACGUUAGACCAGAUUAUCCAGUGCGACCUCCACAACAAACUGCAAGUUUCGAUAAUUCAUUUGUCUCGACAAGUAGUGCACAGCAACCACAGCAUCAACCAUGCCCGGCAUGCAUCUAUCUAGCGAGAAAUUGUCCAUGGAAUUGUCAGUUAGCUCAAUACUUUGAGUCAUUGUUUCAGCGACAUCUCAGAAAUGUGCAAGAUUUCAGAGAUGUGUGUCGUUCUCUUUUUACACGAACAUCCCUAGUUUAUAAUAAUACUAGUCAGAAGAAACUAAAACAGGCUGAGAGGAAACAGAUAGGGGACAAUACGAGAGGUUUUGAAGUUCGAAUUUUAAACUCAUGUCGCAUUUAUGGGACGACGGGCAUUAUGCUCUCACUGGUCAGACGUUUGCUUGCUGUUAACAGUGACAUUGAUAAUCUGGAAGGAGUUAAUCGUUGGCGACAAUUGGUACUACAACGUGGUCAGCACCAUCAACAAGUACCUCCACAAUAUCCGGCACCGACAAAUUUGAAUAUGGGAGGUCCGCGACAACAACAACACCAACGGCAGCUUCAGCUUGGUGUUACCAAGAGAUCUCUGGAACAAGGUGAAUCACAAAUGCGUCAACAACGGCAACGACUGCCAGGACCAGCAAAUCCAUCACAUCAGGCAGCUGGAGCAUGGUCUCGACUACGGAAACCAGCACCAUUUCUGCAACCAUAUCCACCAGCAGCAUUUCAGCAACCUCCAUACCAUGUACCAAUGCAGGGACAUCAAACACGACCACUGCCUCAAUCGCAGCAAUCAGCAGUGCCAUUUCAAUUUCAGCCACUUUUUGCUGGUAUCAACAGCUCCUCAUCAGCAUCAGCAUCUCAGUCUCAGUUGCAGUCUCACCAACAUCAUUCUUUUAGUACCGUCAGUUUCUCAUCAGCUGCAGUGGUGGGACAGCCACACCGACAUCAUCAAGCGCCACCGGAUCCAAAUGAUUUAGCAAGUAUAAAAUUUACGGGUGAUGAAGAAAACACUUAUUGGGACACAGAGCAGGAACGGCUGAAACAAAGACACCAACCGUACCAAUUACAAAUGCAGGGACAUCAAACAUGACCACUGCCUCAGUCACAGCCAGCAGCAGUGCCAUCUCAAUCUCAGUCUCAGCAACAGCUUACCAGUAGUUCCUCAUCAGCUGCGGUGGUGGAACAGCCACACCCACAUCAUCAAGCGCCAGCAGAUCCAUAUGAGUUACCAAUUAUACAAUUACCGGAUGAUGAAAACACUGACGAAGCACAAAAGCAGCUCAAUCAAGGACGGCAGUAAUCCUUGGGAAUAAUCAAAGGUUGUUAAGAAAUAUCUCAGUUCAGUCGGAUAUUCCUGUUGUUUUCCUGCCAAUGAAAAAACUUGUAGAAAUAUUUCUUGUUGUAAACUUAGAAAUAUUCAGGAUUUAUCAUUUCGGGAUAUUUUGUGACAA